AUGUUUCAAUAUUAUCGAUAUAACACUGGUUAUCAAAGUACAUUUCAAUCAUCAACUUUCUAUCCAAUACAACAAGAUGGUUAUGCACCACAACAGCAAUAUCGAAAUUCCUAUGAUCAAAAUCCUCGAGAACAAUCAUAUCAAAAUUUUUAUGGUGAAAAUCCUUAUGGUCAAAAUCCUUAUGGUCAAAAUCCUUAUGGUUCAAAUGCUCCACAACAGCAAUCAUAUCAAGAUCCCUAUGGUUUAAAUGUCCCACCACAACAACCAUAUCAAAUCCGUUAUGGUUCCAAUCUUCGACAACCUCAGGGUGGUUAUGGUGGCUAUCCUCCAUAUAACCGACCACCACAACAAUAUCAAAAUCCUUAUGCUUAUCAACUACCAGGAUAA